CCCGUAGGAACGAGGUUCGGCGAUUCUAACAUCAUCGCCGCCAAGGGCGCGUGAUCAGACGCUGGUUCUUACUCGAAACAUAAGUCUUCGGCGCAACUUGCCUAAAACCUUUGCAGUAUCGAGGAAAUCGAAAAGAGCGUCUUUUCUCUUUCGGUCUUCGUCAAGUUCUAGAUAGUAAAAGUGAAUGCUCUAGAGAGAGAGAGCAGUCCAAUUAGACACAGAUACGAAGAGAGAGAAAGAGCAAUUAUGGAGAUGUCCAAGGAACGGGACAGCUAUGUCUACACCGCCAAGCUUGCUGAGCAAGCUGAGCGCUAUGAUGAAAUGGUUGAUGCGAUGAAGAAAGUAGCUAAGCUGGAUGUGGAAUUAACGGUUGAGGAGAGAAAUCUCCUCUCCGUUGGGUACAAGAAUGUUGUAGGUGCACGAAGAGCAUCUUGGAGGAUACUAUCAUCAAUUGAGCAAAAAGAGGAGGCAAAAGGAGAAGAACAAAAUGUGAGGCGGAUUAAAGGCUAUAGGCAAAAGGUCGAGUCUGAGUUAUCAGAAAUUUGCAGUGAUGUUAUGAUGGUAAUUGAUGAGCAUCUGAUUCCAUCCAGCUCUGGUGGAGAAUCCACUGUGUUUUUCUAUAAAAUGAAAGGUGAUUACUAUAGGUACUUGGGGGAGUUUAAGACUGGUGAUGACGGGAAAGAGGCUGCUGAUCAGUCUAUGAAAGCAUAUAAGACAGCAUCUACUGCUGCAGGAGGCUGAAGUUGCCCCCCCAAACACCCCCCCAUCCGAUUAGGUUUGGCUUUGAACUUCUCCGUGUUUUAUUAUGAGAUUAUGAAUUCGCCUGAGAGGGCUUGCCAUCUUGCAAAACAAGCUUUUGAUGAAGCUAUAUCUGAGUUGGAUGCACUAAGUGAGGAGUCCUACAAAGACAGCACAUUGAUUAUGCAGCUUUUAAGAGACAAUCUCACUCUUUGGACUUCCGACAUGCAUGAGGAUGAAGAAACCCAGAAGCCAAAGAAUACUGCUAGAGCUGGUGAAGCAGAAGAAACCCAGAAGCCAAAGAAUACUGCUAGAGCUGGUGAAGGUGAAGAAUACUAAUAAGCAGAGGCAGUGAUAUCUCAAAGCAAUUGUUGUUCGUCUAAGAAAUCCAGAAAAGAGCAAGGAGAAUGAAGAGGCUACAGCCUGUGUUUUUAUUUCGGUUGAGAUUUGUUGAAGGAGAGGUUUGUCUUUUCUUUUGGUUGUGGAGAUCUUUCAUUGUUAUGUGGAGUUAAAUACAUAAAUACAUACAUGCAGAAGCAUAUCUGCACUGUAAUGUUUUUCUUUUUCUUUGGUUGUGGAGAGCCUUCAUAGUCAUAUGUAGUUGAAUGCAUAAAUACAUACAUGCACAAACAUAUCUGCACUGUAAAACUCUGGUUGUAUCAUAUACUUGAGUUUGCAUGGAGAAUUUACUUGGCUUCA